GCUGAACAUGCAUCCGCGUGACCUGAAGAUCGAAGCCGAGCUUGCCGGGCAAAUCCGCGCCGCGCUUGAGCAGCACAAUGACGAAGACCUGACCAUUGACAUGGUGGAGGGCGAGACAUCGCUGUUCGAGCUGAUCGACGCCAUCAUGGCGGAUGACGCAGCGGACGACGAGCGGCUUGCAGGCAUCAAGGCCCGUCAGGACGAACUGAAGGAGCGUAAGGCGCGGAUUGACCGCCGCCAGUCAACGCGCCGCUCUGUGGUUCAUGCCGCAAUGGAUACGGCGGGCCUGCGCAAGAUCGAGCGCGCCGAAUACACCGUGUCGCUGCGGGCAGUGCCGCAAGGCGUCGAGGUUAUCGAGCCUGAGCUGUUGUCUGACGAAUACGUGCGCGUCAAGCGCGACCCGGACAAGGCCGCGAUCAAAGCGGCCCUGAAAGCCGGGGCGUUAAUGUUUGACGACAAGAUCAAGGCCGAACUUCAGAAGCCACUCAGCCCCGACGCCAUCGCCAGCCGCAAGCAAGGCGGCAGUCAGGUGAGCUACAUCGAAGGCUGGUAUGCGAUGGCUGAAGCCAACCGCAUUUUUGGCUUCGAUGGCUGGACCCGUGAAACCGUCAAUCUGGCGCUGGCAUGCGAACGCGAACGCAAGAUUGGCCGAGAGCAGAAAGACGGCUGGUCAGUCACCUACACAGCCAAGGUCCGCGUCACUGCGCACGGCGUUGUGCGCGAAGGGUGCGGCGCUGGCCACGGCAUCGGAACCGACCUAGGCGAAGCUCACGAGAGCGCCCUGAAGGAGGCCGAGACCGACGCCACCAAGCGCGCGCUUAUGACGUUUGGCUGGCCCCUCGGCAUGGCGCUCUACGACAAGGAGCGCAGCAAUGUGGGGAAUGCCCCGCCGGAGCGCGACCCGUCUGCAGAUCGUUUUAUCCAGCAACUCAGCGACAUGAUCGACGGCAUUGAGACCUUCGAGGAAGCCGCAAGCUGGUGGAAUGAAGACACCCAGAAGAAGACCCGCCGCGAUUUCGGGCUGACCAAUGACGAUGUUGCCCCGCUCGUCAUUCUGAUUGGCGCGCUUGGCGCUGAUCCUGAAGUGCGCCGCCUGAACAAUGGCGACCCGGUGGUGAACCUGCGUGUCGCUACCUCUGAGAGCUGGCGCGACAAGGCCACCGGCGAACGCAAGGAAAAGACCGAGUGGCACAACGUGGUGAUCUUCAAUGACCACCUCGCCAAGACCGCCGAGAACUACCUGCGCAAGGGCUCCAAGGUGUACCUGGAGGGCUCAUUGCAGACCCGCAAGUGGCAG